AUGAACCCAAAAAUUUCAGAUUUUGGGCUCGCAAAAAUAUUUGGCAUAAAUGAUACUGAACGAAACACAAAGAGGAUUGUUGGGACAUAUGGUUAUAUGGCUCCAGAGUAUGCUUCAGAGGGCCUCUUCUCAGUCAAAUCUGAUGUAUUCAGCUUCGGUCAAAGAGCAUCAGGUUUCCACCGAUAUGGAGACUUCAUCAACCUUCUUGGGCACGCAUGGCAGUUGUGGAAAGAAGAAAGAUGGCUUCAGCUCGUGGAUGCAUCAAUUGCUGAGAAUCAGAAUCUAGGGAUGAUGAGAUGUAUUAUUAUCGCAUUGUUGUGUGUCCAAGAAAAUGCUGCUGAUCGACCCACCAUGUCAGAUGUGAUUGCCAUGCUAAGCAGUGAAAGCAUGACCUUGCCUGAGCCUAAGCACCCGGCAUAUUUCCAUGUAAAGUUGACAGAGGAUGAGGCGUCCACACUUGUCGAGCCUUGCAGCCUUAAUUAUGUCACAAUAUCUGGUGUUGAUGGCAGAUAG